AUGGCUUCUUUGAAGGAGUUGACUACAAAUUUUGUGAAGUUGGAGAGAUUUGAAGGGGGUAACUUUCUGAGAUGGCAGAGAAAGAUGAAAUUUCUUCUCACAACUUUGAAUGUGGCUUAUGUUCUCAACACUCCCAAACCUCAAGAGAAGGAGGAUGAAACUAUUGCCGAAAUCAGAGAGAGACAGAAGUGGGAGAAUGAUGACUACAUUUGCAUUGGACAUAUCCUCAACAGCCUCUGUGAUGCUCUCUUUGAUGUUUAUCAAGAUACAACCUCGACAAAGGAUCUUUGGGACAAACUUGAGGCAAGGUACAUGCAAGAGGAUGAUACAAGUAAGAAAUUUCUUGUCACUCGUUUCAAUAGUUAUAAGAUGGUUGAUGGAAAGUCUAUCAUGGAGCAAAUGCAUGAAAUUGAACAUAUUUUGAAUAAUUUCAAUCAACAUAAAAUACAUAUGGACAAGUCCAUUAUUGUCUCCUCAAUCAUAGACAAACUUCCUCCUUCAUGGAAAGACUUCAAAAAGAUUCUCAAACAUAAAAAAGAAGAUAUCUCUCUUGAACAAUUGGGAAAUUAUCUUCGUUUAGAAGAGGAGUAUAGAAAGGAAGACGUUGAAAAGGAAGCCAAUACUCAAGAGAAGGUAUAUGUGGUGGAGAAAGAACAGUCCAACAAGACCUCAAAGAAAAGAGAGAAGGAUAAAGACAAACCCCAAGCACAGGAUGUGUAA